UUACGCGAUUUCAAGCACCUCGUGCCGGGAAACACAUACGGCAAGACGGCGGCGCAGGCGCCAAACAAGAGAAGGACCGUAAUGGAACCGAUAGUGAACCCCGCCCACCAGUGCGAACGCUCAUUUCUGUCCUUGAGAGCUUUAGCCUCCUCUCUCUGGCGGGGCAGCAUGGGAAGUAAGAAGAUCGUGGAAAUCUUGAGCAGAAGGGCGAUCGAGUCGUACUUGACAAAUUCCAUGUGCACCUCAUGGGUGUCUUCUAUAAUCCUUGCGGUAUCGGAAAGCAGCGGGAAAAACGAUUGAAGCGGUACGGAGAUGGCGAUCCUGGAAAGGAACACCGCCAGCACGUUGGUCGUUCCGAUCAAAGCCACCGUUGCCGCUUCGAGACCUUCAUCUGCCACAAUAUUGACGGCCCACAUGAGGGGAAGGGAGGUCAAGACCUGGAGAAAUCCCGCGGGGGUGGUGCAGAUUAUCCAGAGAACGGGGUUACGGGUGACGUCGAACACAAACAAAAACCUUAACAACUCAAUGAAGACGUCAAGCAAGGUUCCGAUGAGCAUUAUUUUGUGCCAGGAAAAACCAAGGGCGUACUUUGCAACGACACCGAGCGUCACAAUGACCAUCAAAACUCCAAGCAUCGUACUAACCAAAGGUAGCAAAGUUCUCUGCGAGAUGAGGGUAGCCGAGAAUAUGAAAUAUGCAAAAUUUUCGACGUGAAUGAGGGUGCCAAGACACAGAGAAUACAGCGCAAGCUGCCAUACAGCACGGUUUGUCAAUGCCCGCCACAUCUUUCCGAGCCUUUUCUUGAGGUUCUUCUUGACUUUCUUCUCUUCGUGCAAAAAGAAGCAGAAGGGGAGCGCGAGCAAGAUGAUACCAAUGAUGACGGAGUAGACAGCUCUGACUCCAAAGUCGAAGUCGAAGAUGGCCUCGGGGCAUAUCAUGUAACACCAAUCAUCUGGAUUAUCUCCGCUGAGAGCGUUUCGUGCUAAAACAGUUUCAUCGGUCGAGCACGGUUCGGUCGGAUCUGUCUCGUAACCGGGACAAUUGUACCUUGGUCCGGAAAAAGCAAAAAACAUAAAGAUGAUUGCACAAACAAUACCAAGAGUUCCGAAAAGAUCUCUCAAGACCUGAAAUCGCCCCUUCUUUUCUGGAGCUUCUUUGGAAGUAAUCCAUGGAAGAAAUCCAUCCACAGCUGUUGUAGAGAGCUGAAUGCCAAACUGAGACAUUGCAAUCAAAAUAAUUAAUGUAUCCGUCCCAAUAUCAUCUCCAAUAAUUGUAACGGGGAGAAGAAAGGAAAGAUAGGCCAACCACCCAAGAAUCAAGUAGGGUUUCCAUGAAAGUCCCAUGAUUGGAAAUGCAUCCACCCAGAUUCCAAAAAGAAUGCUGAACGAGUGGAAUACGGUGCCUAAACUGGUAGCUGCCUGCAAUUGCGCGGUGGGCAAAUCCCUUCCAUAUGGGCCAAAUAUGUAGGUAAACAACAGGCCUAAACCAAAAGCCAUGAACUGGUUCACGAAGCCUUGGAUUGGAAUACCAACAUAGCCCAGAGAGAAGAUGGCGCUAUCCUUGAGAUACUCAUCUUGGUUGGCAUCGUUCUUCUUCUCUAGCGAAUCGUCAUUCGACAGAUUACUUGAUUCUCCGUAAUCCUUCGAUGGAUUUGCUUCGGCGUCACGGACUACGUCGCCGUAAUCGCUGCCCGGGUCUUCGGUUUUGUUCACGCUUACUUCUCCCGUCAUAUUCACGAUUGCCGUGCGCGAGUUCGGAUUGUCUUCUUUGUACAUGGACUUUUAACUGGCGACCCUGUGUCAACAAAAGUGUGGCUUCUUCAUUGAAAUAAAAAUGCUCAGUGCUG